GUUGUUAUUAUUGCUGUUGCUUUAAGUAUUUUUAGUGCUCGCGUGCGAAAUUUGGUGUCAAAGUGAAAAAAAACAUUUACGUGAGAUCUACUCGCACAGUCUGACGGAACAACAACAUCAACAACAACAACAAGAACAACAAUAACAGCAGCAAGGACGAGUUGGACCAGCCCGCUGAGAAGGAGGCGCUGCAGAAGCGGCACCGUCAGCAGCAGCAGCAGCAGCAGCAGCGGCAGCGGCAGUCGCCAAGUUCAAAAUUAACGCCUGACAAUGACAAAGGGCUCCACUAGGCGGCCAACAGCAACAACGUGGCGCCCGCCAGCAACAGCAGCAAUCAAAGCAACAACAGCAACAACAGCAACGCCAGCAAUAACAACAAUCAAUGAGCCCAGCACGAGCUGGCGUCGACGCUGCACAACAACAACAACAACAACAAGAACAACUGCGGCAACAACAACAACAACAAUGCGAAUGAGCCGCGCCUCGUUGUACGCCUCGCUGCCGGCCUGCGGCAUAUCCUGGCUGCUGUUCGUCCUGUGUCUGCUUAGCUGCCUCUGCUGUUAUACAGUUGCGCUGGAGGAGGACUGCGUGGACUUUCAGGGUAACAAGGUGAACCAUGGCAUGCUCUAUGUGCCCGGACCUGGUGUUUGUAGUCUAUGCGUUUGCUAUCAUUCCGAGCCGCUGUGGUGCAAGGCCAUUUACUGUGAUCCGCCCUACUUCUGUAAAAACUUCAGAGUAGGCGAACGAUGCUGCGAAUUCGAGUGUUUGGAUCCGCCUGGCGAGGACAAGCUUUAUCAGGAACGUAUGCGUAAACGUGCCGAGAUUCUGGCCGGGAAUAGCACCGCCUGCCAAGUGCAGGUCGCACCCUUGGCCGUGUCCACCAUAAUGUUCAGCUUUCUGGGCAACAGUUUUCUCAAUUUAUAACUUGAGCAGAAAUCGCUUGAGUAACGGCGUUUAGCAAUAAGUCAGCCCCCCCCCCACUCCCCUUCCCCACAACUCGCCACCCAGAUCUUAAGUAGAUAGUGGGAAGGUUCGUUUUUGUUAACUUUGUCCCGGAGACCAGAGCCCCUGCAAAAAGCUAAACCCCAAAUGGAUACUUAUUACAAUGUAAUAACUGCAACUAACAAGAUUUAUAUAGGUGCAUUCAAAAGAUUUCAAAUAAAAACAAGAUACAUGUAUAUAUGUAUAGAUAUAUAUAUAUAUACAUAUAUAUAUAUAUUUAUAUAAAUUCUAUGAUUUGGAGUAAUACAGAACAACACAUAGGUUCUCAACUUAUAUAUGUAUGUCCCUAGUCUUAUGUAGGUACAAUAAAGCAAGCAUAUAAAGCAUAUAUAUUUAAUACAGUCCAAGCCAACCGACUUCAGAUUUGGUAGAGUCGGCACACAUAAAAAUACUAGAAAAAUACUUUUAAAAACCAAAUCACACUCAUGAAGCGAACGUAAAGACAGUCUUUAACUAGCUCCUAAGUCUAUAUAGAAUAUAGCAGAUAUUACAAAUAAAAAAAAACAAUAUAUAUAUACGAGUUUAUACUCAACUUGUACAUACGCGUAUAGCUGCCUAGCUUUAUAUAAUUCGGAUCAAAAACUUGUUAAUUAGUGUUUAGCUAAAUGAAUCAAGUACGAUAAUAGACAAUUCAUGAUAUAGUAUGAACUAAAAUGUGCAUUCAGCCACUGUACACGCACUUUUUAAUAUACAUAUACAUAAAUACAUAUAUGUAUAUAUAUAUAUAUAUAUAUAUAUAUAUAUAUAGCCCAACAAAUCUCGCCCCCAGUUCAAACACCUAGUGACAAUUUGUUUUUGCAAACUCUUCUCUUUUUCAUUCUUUAUUUAGAUCUUAAGAUCUUGUAAUUGCAAUUCAAUAACUGUAGUAAAUUACACAUAUCAUAAGACACACACAUACACUCGCACACACUCACACACACACACACAC